CCCUGCCCUGCCCUGAAGACUUUCCCCAAAGAACCCCCUUUGUAGGGCCACUUAGGGGUCCCACUUGCAGUGACGGCUUUCCCCGCUGCCCUGAAUAGGGCUCCUCUCUCCAUCAACCAAGAUUUCCAGCAAGGACAUACAGUCAGCCCGGAAAGAGAUUUUUGUUGGUUGCUUGUAAACAAAACAAAACAACAACAAAAAAGUCCCAACUUUGCAUGUUUCCAAACAGCCAGAAGGCUGUUAUCUUCAGCUCAUUGUUUGCAGGGGAAUAAUAUUUGGGCUGUGUGAAUGUGUGUGGUCGCUUUGGAUGCACUUUAAUGAUUUUUUUUUUUUUAAGGGCUUCCUGCCUGGGAAAGAGACCCACCGGUCUCUAACCCGAGGGUUGGUCUUUGCAAGUGGGAAAUCCUCCCUUUGGUGCUUGCUGUGAGCCGUUUCUGCUUGUCCUGUUGGCUCUCCUGCCUUAGGGCCUUGGAGUGAGAAGUUUAGGAAGAGGGGCGGGAAAGAAAGAGGCCCGGAAAAACGCCUGUUUGGACAUUUCUUCCAGGUAGAACUGGACACCCCAGGAGAAGGGGGUGUGGAGGAGACUGGGACAGCCGGCUUCCUCCCUGACGCCCUCUUCUUUAUCUGUCUUGCCAGCUGGCCUCAGACUGUUGAGUCAUUUUUACUGAGGGUGUCUCUUGCCUUGCUGCCUCCAGAGAGGGGGCUUUUGACAGCAGACUUUAAAUGCAUCGCCUUUCGAAAUCCCUCUGCAACCUUGUGUGUGGGGAGCCAAAAGUCACCCCGAGAGUUGCUGGUUUGCCAUUUGGGGAUAUUUCUACGCGAGGAAUUCUACCCGCAGAUCCAUGCGCUGACAUUGGUUGCGGUGGGCGAUGUUGGUAAUGUUGCCUGUUGCCUCAGGGCGAGCUUCCCCUGUUGGUGUCUGAGGUGAUAAAGUGAACGGGAAAGGAAGCCAAGGUGGAAAUGGAACUGCCAAAUCAUGCCAAACAACUGCUGCUGCAGCUAAAUCAGCAACGAGCCAAAGGUUUCCUCUGUGACGUGAUCAUCGUCGUCGAAAAUGCCCUCUUCCGUGCCCACAAGAACAUCCUGGCUGCCAGCAGCAUGUAUUUCAAAUCUCUCGUCCUGCACGACAACCUGAUCAACUUAGACACGGACAUGGUCAACCCCACCGUGUUCCGGCAGAUCUUGGACUUUAUUUAUACUGGGAAGCUCUUAAUGACUGACCAGCCUGGGGAGCAGAACUUUAAUGCUCUCCUCACCGCAGCAAGCUACCUCCAACUCCAUGACCUGGCGGCCCUUUGCCGAAAGAAACUGAAACGCAAUGGGAGGUCCUUUGCUGGCCGAGCCGGCGGCGCCCUCAGUGUCGGGAGACCCCCGCGGAGUCAGAGACUUUCCACUGCUUCAGUCAUCACUCGUUAUUCAGGGUCAACUGAGGGGAUGAAGGGCUCUCACUCCAAGGAGAUGCCAAAGGGAAAGAUCUCAGAUGAUGAGGUCUUCAUUAGCAGUUCCAACCAAGAGAAUUCUCAUGCUUUAAGUCGGGGAGUAGGGAAGAAUGGUGGCGACGGAAGCAGCAGCAGCGCCAAUGGGAGUGGGGCAGACCAAGAGCUUGGUCUGGACCUCUCCAAGAAAAGCCCUUCGCUUCCGACAGCAGCCUCCCAGGAUGACCCACAGCCGUGCGAAAGUCAGCGCGAUUCCCCACAACCUGCCUCAGCCCCUGCAGCCAACAGUGCCUCAUCGUUUGACGAGUCCACCGCCGGAGCCCCCUCGAACCUAGCGGACAACUGUGAACCCAUGGACAUGGACUUGAGCGAGGACCGCCAAUCCCUCCCUGAAGGCAGCCAGCGAAAAAGCUUGCGUCACUCGUCCCGCAAGAAGGAGUGGAUCAAGAAGGACAACGCUUUUGACAGGAAAGAGGGUGGCAAAGGUAGCGAGGAGAGGGAAGGCUUGCCUAACGGGAUUCUGAUGGGCUCCUUGUGUAAGUCAGCGGAACGGGGCCUGGGUCCCUACGGGGCAGAGCUGCCGUUCCCAUGUAAAGAGGAUGUUGAGAACGGCAAGGAGAACAGUGACGACAGUGGGCAAAGCGAGAGCGAAAGCGGUGGGCACACCAGCGCCAACUACGUCUACCGACAGGAAGGUUAUGAGCCAGUGGCCUUUGGGGACAACCUUUACGUCUGUAUCCCCUGCGGGAAGGGCUUUCCCAGCUCCGAGCAGCUGAACGCCCAUGUCGAAACGCACACGGAGGAGGAUCUCUACAUCAAGGAAGAAGGCACGUACGACGACAAGGAGGAAGAAGCCGAGGAUUUGUCCAACCCCAACCAGCCCUACACCACGGAGUCGCGGCCCUUCAAGUGUUCCGUGUGCGAGAAGAGCUACAAAGAUCCGGCCACCCUCCGGCAGCACGAGAAGACUCAUUGGCUGACGCGCCCGUUCCCGUGUAACAUCUGCGGCAAGAUGUUCACGCAGCGGGGCACCAUGACGCGGCACAUGCGCAGCCACUUGGGCCUCAAGCCCUUUGCGUGCGAGGAGUGCGGGAUGCGCUUUACUCGGCAGUAUCGACUGACAGAGCAUAUGCGCGUCCACUCAGGGGAAAAGCCCUACGAAUGUCAGCUAUGCGGCGGGAAGUUCACCCAGCAGCGCAACCUCAUCAGCCACUUGAGAAUGCAUACCUCUCCUGCAUAAGCCAAAGACUCUCCAACGAGCCGACCCGCCAUGAACAUAACCUUUCCCUAGACUUGCUGCUUUAACCAGGGGGGGGGCAUUCCCUUCCCUCUUCAGUCAUGGGGGGGCCUCAACCAAACAGAGCUUUAUUUCUUUCUCUCCCCCCCACACCCCCACUCCUCCUUCCCCCAAAAUACAAAGAGAACCAGUCCACAUUGAAGCUGCUGCCUCCCACAUUUUUUUGGUGUGUGUGUGUGUGUGUGUUCCCCCCACUUGGCCAUUAGAUCAAACGAUAACCAGAAAUGCCAAUAUUCUGCUAGGCUGCAGGAACAUGUAGCUUAACUCUGAGCCAGGUGUGUGUGUGUGUGUGUGUGUGUGUGUGUGUGUGUGUGUGUGUGUGUGUGUGUCGGGGGGGCACUUUCCAGGUUGAUCUUAAUUGGAAAUGCAGUUUCAGGGGUGGUCUUUCUGGCUGAAAAGAGAGACCCCCGGCGGCUGCUUCUCCUCCCUCCUCAGUUUACUUCCUUAGCACUUUGGAAUUACUUUACAAACUUGACCCCAAGUAUUAUUUCCUUUUGCGCUGGUUUGACGCCAGGCACAGCCUCCUGCCAUCUUGCUGCUGCUCUUGGUAGCCGCGGGCGUUCAUUUCCCCACCCCCACUCGACCAUCUAACCGUGAUCGUUCUCCCUAAAAGCUGUCCCUGAGGGCAUUUCUUGCCAACUGAGCCCUGUUCUGGGUUUGUUUUUGUGUUUCGUUCAAUAGCCCUUCCACGAUUCCUCCCGCGAAUGUGUGUGUUCGGUUCUUUUUCGUCGCAGACGAGAAUAGAAGCCUUGGUUGUUGGCGAAAGUAUAAGAAGCCAUUGGCUGUCUGAUCCAUUGCUUUAUUGGACAACUGGAGCGAGCUAAAAGAGCCCACCUUUGGAUUUUUUGCAUGCUAGGAAAGGAGUGCUACCAAAACAAGACAGGAAGUGAAGGUGACAUCACGUCCUGUCGCCAUCCCACCCCGCUUUUUUCUGGCGUCCAGCCUUUUCGCCUCGGCACAUGUAACCCAAACAUGGAAGCCUUUUCCAACCUCUUCCCGCUCACCUCUUCAGCCUUGACCAUGACUGAAUGGGGUCUGGGUGCCCCUGGGGAAUUAAUUUCAGUGAGCAGGGGUCCGUCUUUACGUUUCCCCCACCGCUAUUGUUUCGUAUGAAUCUUUGCUUAGAGGUACUUGUUUUAUUAAGAGAGAGAAAACGCAUUGUUAAACGUUUAUGUAAUUGUUGGAACUGGAAGUUCUAAGGUUGAUUAUUCGGAGCGGGUUGCGGGUGGGGUCAACGUAGGCUGGAAUUGUUGCAAGUUCCUUUAGGUACUUUUUAUUUGGGUUUUGUUUUUUUUAAGAAAAAAAAACGUGUGUGUGUGUGUGUAUGUGUGUGCGUACAUGUGUAUAGCUUCUUCUCCCUCACUAAAGAACGGGUCAGUAUGGAUUGGUCUGUUCUCUUUGCUACCUCUUGAAUUCAUGAGAACAAUAAGAUGGUUAGUGAAUUAUUAGGUGUGGCUUUGUUUUAUCCCCCCAAACCCCGCCCCACUCCAUUGUAAGUAAGUGUACAAAGUAGAAAUUUAAAUUGAAAGUUAGGGGAUUUUUACCACCUCCUCCUUAUCACCAAGAAGUCAGCUAAAACAAUUAUACUUGGCCAAAGACAGUAGGUAGAAUCUUUUUUUUUUUUUCCCCCAGCCAGGGACCCAAGUGAAUAAUUCUGUAGGGUCUCUGGCUCACCAAAUUCCUAAUUUCUUGCCUAUAUAUGUUUUUGUGGUUUUUUAAAAUCAUAAUAAUACAUUUUUUUUCCCCAAGAGCAUUUGGGCUCUCUUCAGUUUUGAUUUUGCCAUGAGGAGGGAAUCUCUGAACCCGUUGCUUUCUGGAUUAGCAUGUGACUGAGCAUCCGACCGGAUGAAGAAAUGCUGAAGGAGCAGGCUGUAUACUGCUUGGAUCCAGAGUGUGAUAAGAAUGGGGGGGGGGCCUAACCAAAGUGUUUCAUAUCCCCCCCUUUUUCCCCUUCUUCUUCUUCUUCUUCUUCUUCUUUUUUUUCUUUUUUUUUUUUUUUUUUUGGAUGUGGGUAUGUUUUUUGUGUGUUCAUUUUAGUAAGGAAACCUUAACACAAAAGUUGGAAAAAUGGAAGAGAAGGUUUUCUCGGAGCAUCUGUAUCACAGCCAACAGCUGCUAUAGGUUUCGAAGGAGAGGACCAGGUAUCCCUGCCAUAUAUUUUUUGGGCCCCUCGACUUAGUUGGCGUGACGUUUGUGAAAAGCAAUGGCUCCCCCCCCCGCCCCCGAGUGAGUUGGUAUUUGGUGGUACAAAUUCGGUCCCUUUAGAAGCAUCCUCUCCGAAAUUGAGUAAGGUUUACAUUUCCCCUCCCCGCUCUUAACUUCUUGCUCAAAACCAUUGUUCUCAUUUAUUAUUAUUAUUAUUAAUAUUAUUAUUAUUAUUAUUAUUGAGAGGGCUUGCUGAAGCCCUUUGUCUUUUUUCUUUAAAAAAAAGAGAGAGAGAGAGAGAGAGAAAACAAACUUUUCAUCUUUAAGUUUUAGACCAAAAAAAAGUGAGCAUGUUCACAUAAAACAAAGAUAAGCUUCAUUUCUCCUCCCACCCAUAAUUCUCCCUCCCCCACUAAAAAAAUAGGUUAGUCCAUUGAAGUGUUUUGGGUCUCUUUGAAUGAACUGGGGAGAACUCGAAUCUAAAGCCCCAUGCAAUACAGAUUAAACCCAACUGUUAUCACGUUACAGGGAACACGUGUAACUUUACCUCACCCAGGGGUUGCUUUUUCCUCACCCCCAUAGUAAGAAUCUCUUCUUUAAUAUCUCAAACAUUGUCCCCUUUGGCGGGGGGCAGGGAGAAAAAGUGAAUGCACCCUUUAAAGCAGGGCUGGCCAACCCACGGUUAUCAAGCAGGUUUUGGACUACAUUGCCCAUUACCCCCUGCCACUGUUUAUUGUAGUGGGGGGAUGUUGGGAGUUGUAGUCCAGCGAAUGCUUGAAACAUUCACACUGUGCCCUGUGUGGGUGUGCUGCAGUGUCGUGGAGUUCCGGGGGCCCUGCAUUUCCCCCCUCCUCCAUUCAAGCUGCUCUCCUCACUCCCAGUCAAAUAAAGAGAGUCCAUGUGAGGAAGGCAGUUCAGUCGUCAUGACAAAUACGUGCAUGCAUGGAAUCCAUCGAGCACUUUCUUUUGUACCAGGAGUUUGUGUCAGUGAAAGGUUGUUCGGGAACCAGCUGCCCAACUGCCGUAGAAGUGGACAGAAGUUCCCAUGGAGGAAUUCUGGGUGGCUUUAUUGGUUAGCUCCCUGCUUGUGUUGAGCUGAAGGAAGAGAGCCCCAAGUUGGCAAUCUGUGCAACUCUACUUUGGGAGAGGCACAGGUGCACAAUUUUCAUGUCUAAACCAUACAAGUGACCAGGGUUCCGUCCCAAUCACCAUUCACUUCACAACAAUCGAGACAGCAAUUCUUCUUUCCUUCUGGCUCUUGAGAUGCCUUCAGAGCUGAGUUCUGAGCAGUAAUCUGAUCUCUGAGUCAAGAAUCUAUAUGACUACCUCUGCCCCCCCCCAAAAAAGUGGGAUAACGCCUCACUCUUCCACCCCCAACACCCCUUUGCACGUCCUGUUGUCGUUAACGUGACAGUAAUCCUUUUCAUUCCAUGCCACAGUUUGUGUGAAGGGCCCCUUACACAUUUUCUCAUCUUCUAAUUAGUAUUGACCAGGUUUGACCUUAGUACAACCAAGGCGGAGAGCUGGCGGAAGAGCAAGGCACCAGUUAGGCGUGAGUUAAACAUCUUUUGAACCAAGAUGAAUCCCAAAGGGUGACUUAUGCAUGAGAUUCACACAACCAUAGGGUUAUUUGUAGCACCCCUUCACAUCACGAGGAGAGUUUAACCAUUCUCCAACUUCCUGACCAAGUGGUGGAUGUCUGUUAUGAAUUCUCACCACAUGGGCAACUCUUGCCGCCAUAUUAAGUUACCUCUUGGUAAAUGUCCAGCUGUAGUUUAUCCAAAGAGGAGCCCUAAGGUGUGUAGGGUUUGCGAAGAGCAAACUCUACCGUGAUCCCUCCGAAUUUUAUUAGACCCUAGAGUUGUGUGUGAUGGCUGUGGAGGUGUUAGGGUUGGUUUGGAUUUUUGUUGUUUAUGGUUUGAAGUUUUGGGAUCUUCUAGAAAUUUCAGGAUCCAUUAUUGUUGGGGUUUUUGUGGGGUUUUCUGUUGUUAAAGAAGCCUCCUUCCUUUUUUUGUUUCUCCCCUCAGCACUUAAACAAUACGACGACAAGUCUGUGUACAGCAUGAGUAUUGUACAAAAAUGGGAAAAAAAACUUUUUUGCAAAAAGUAGCUCUGUAGACUUGUGUUCCAUUUGCUGAAUUAAUGACUUUCCCCCCAAAAUUGUGACAAUAAUAAUGAAAAACCUAAUAAUACUCAAAACUUCAGGGACUGUUCAGGGCCCAUUUAGAGGGUCCGGACACUCAACUGCAUUUAUACGACAUAGUAUUGUAACAAGCAUUUUCUGUAUUUUAAUGAAAAAGCAAAACACUAGUUUCAUAUUUAAGAUUUUAAGAGUUCUAGGGUUGGGAUGGGGAGGGAAUUGCAUUUUAUUUUUUAUUUUUUUGUGUUUUGUCCUUCUUAUUUUGUUUUUUGUUUUUGAAAUACACAAAGAGCCUCAUGAGGAAUUUUUUUUUUUUUUAAAAAGGUUUAAAAUGCUGAGGCCUGGCAGCUUAAUGAUAUGCUUUUGUCAGUUUAGAUCCAGAAUGUUUUCGGAGUAACAGGAGAGGAAAAAUAAAGAGUAAAGUAGCAAAAGUUGUAUUGAAAAGAUAGCUCAUACCCAAAUUCAGAAAACUAUUUUUUAAACCAAAGCACAUUUGAAUGAGUAUGGAACCUCACUGGGCUCAGAAAAAAAAAGUUAAUAUAUUUAUCUCAUUGUUUACAUAAACUUUUACAGUUUCAGACCUCAACAGAUCUACAGGCCAGUCAAAAUUAAUCUUUGUUUUUUUCCAUUGGUUUUGCUGUCAAACGGUGAUCACAAGGAAACCUUUAAAAAAGGGGGGAAAAGGAUCCUCUCCCAUUCUAUAGGAGGUAAUCUGUUCAGCACAUGUUGAUUGGAAGGAAGCAUGAUACUUUUGUUCUUGUUUGCUUAUGAUCUUCAAUAGUUGACGCCCUUAGAUCAGAAGAGUCUCCCAUUUUAAAGAGUUUAGAGGGCAGGAUUAUGUCAAGCGAGUAGGAGGGUUACUUAAGGAUGGGCUUUCAUUUGGUAAAACAACAUGGUCCAGAAAGAAAUGGCAUCCCUUUGUUUAAUAGAUAAGACGCUAGUUUGAAGGGUGGAGAGAGAGAGAGAGAGAAUGUAGACGGAUAUUUUCACCAAAAAUCAGAUAUCAGAGAGGGGUGACAGGACAGAUGGAAAAUGAAACAGACUUAUAGGAGACUGUCUUCAGAAGUUGAAGAAUAGACUGGGAUGGCCAGUUUGUCGGACGACACCUCCCACCAUCCUGAGACACAGUGAUCCGUUGCCAGGGCUUACAACAGCUAGAAGGCCUCAGGCUGGCCAACCCCAGAGUAGACCCAAUAUUCCCUACAAGACUAUAGUGCAUCCAACUAUAUUCUUGAGCCAUUCUGGUUUUCGGUUCUUGCUAAUGGGGAGUUAUCGGAAUCCAACUUUGUGCUGGUCUGAGGAGUUGCAAAGAAAAAGCCAAAGAGCUUCAGACCAAUAGCUUUAUCAUGCCGAGAAGGCAUCGUAGAAAGGAAUUCCACCCCUCCGCUCACCUUCUGCGCUACUUUGAAAUGUGUGGCAGGGCUCAAGGGCGUGUUGGUCAAAUGGGACUCAGUUAGAGCCAGGCUCCACACAACGUACCUGAGCCUUGGAAAGAUUCUGUCCACCUCCAGUCCCCGUGCCGACAUCCUAUCUAGGUUAAAGCAAGACGGGUGAGUUCAGAUGACAUGACCACUCUCUGCUUAUUCUAACCUACUCACUUCACAUAACCCGAGACUUGUGCCCAAGGUCUGAAGUGAGUCUCAGAUCUUGGAUUAUUUGAAGCAAGUAGGUUACAAUAAGGCGAGAUUGAUCAUGUCAUCCUAACCUACCAAUCUUGGUUUAUUGAACCAGGAUGGGAAGUAGACGCUUGUGAGGGGAUGGAAAAGAGGAACAGACAUUCCCGAGGUUCAAGGACAGAACCCAGCUCUGAGGUUCUGAGUGAUGUUUGAACCAGCCUGUCAAGACCAACCUCAGUUAGUCAGAAGGAGAUGAUACACUAUCUCCUGUCUAGGAGAUAGUCAGAGUCUAUUGGUUAGGUGUCCUGUCUGGUGUGAAGACAUGGGACACCAAAUUGCUUAAUUUAUUCCACUCUGGGAGGAGGGUUUUUUUUUUUAAUGAUUUGGACUAAUUUACUCCAAUGAAAUGUUUUAGGGAGCUUUUGCGUGGUAGGCUAUCCAACCCAGUUCACAAUUUAGUCCACCUCUCUGCUAAAGCUCCCUCUCUCAAGAAUGAUAAACAUUCUUGUAUAAAUGUAAUGCUGUGUUCCUGCCCCGCUUUCUAUGCCAAAGCCGCCUCAUGUUUCAAAAACCGUAAAAAUGAGAGAGAGAAAAUCUUUGGGGUGAGAAAAGGCAGGAGAGGCUGAUGGAAAACCAAAGGAUUAAUUUUGCCUGGUCUUGAUAUCUAUCUAAGAUGGUGCAAACACUUUUUAGCAAGUGUUCUGUUUUGUAUCAAUAUGUAUGUGCAGUAAUGAAUGUAUUUAUUUCUCAAGAUUCUGUAUGCACAGUUUUGCAAGGAAAACUCAGAGCAAUUUGCAAAGACAAAAAGGUGUGUCCGCAGGGUCUUCGCUACAGGAUUUCAGAAGAAAAAAAUGGUAUUAAAAAUGUUUAAAAAAAAAAUAAAGAUCUCAGAGACUCACAGCAUAGCCAUAAACCAUAACCUGUGAAGACAUGACAGAGACUGGACUUUUGUAGCUUUUGCAUAGAAAAGAUUUUUGUUUUGCUGUAUUUAAAUGUUUCCAGUUAGGAUGUCACUCAAACGAUUUCCUGUCCUUUAUUUUUCUUCCUUUCAUAUGUUCAUGUGGGUGUGCGUGUAGGUAUGUGCGUGUGUACACGUGUGUGCAUAUGUGAGCAAGUGUGCAGAGCACUGGUUUUCACAGUGCGGGUUCAAAGUGUGGGUUAGCAGUAUUUUAUUUUAUUUUUAAUCACGUCACUUCUGUUCUGAAAUGCAGGAAUGUUGGGCCCAAAGAGGAAACAUCUGGGGUGUCGGAUAAAAGAAGGCAAAACCUAUGCUGGGGGGCGGGCGGACGGGGGGAGUUAUUAGAUUAUCAUGGCCAAACAGAGGGGUAGAAAACGCAGAUGGAGGCAGAAUUAGUCCUACUCCAUGCAAGUGCUUUAAGUUGGGAGAAGCCGUAAUGAUUUCUAGCCUAUCUUCUCAAUGUUUACAGCCUAAGCAAUAAUAGUGAAACAUAUGGGCACAGAAAUAGGGGGUUUAAGAGGCAAACGGCGGGUUGAGGGGGAUGUUUCGUCCACCAGGAAUACCGUGCUGUGAACACCGUUGAGGUCUGGCAGUUUUCUGCAUUCUGCCCAUGCUCGGGCGCAUGGCUCAUAACAGCCAACGGCACUUGCCUGUUCUUGUCCGUAGUGUGUCACAACGAUCAUACGCCUGUACGGUCAGAGAUCAGCGAGACUGAUCAUAUCCCAGCGUGCCUCCAAACUUCGGGUUUCGAGGGGUCUUUUAUAGGUCUUUCCACAAGGCUGUGCUCUCAGAGAUCUGCGAAUCAGCUGACAUCUCCACCUGGCCUGCAGACAUUAGAUGCACUGUUCCAUCAAGUGGUCAUCAACCAUCUACCACAUGCAAGGGCCAAAACUAAAAUCAGAAACUCUCCCAUUGGGCUUAAUAGUUCUAAGGGCCUGCCUAGUCAUUUCAUGCAUUACUUUGAUGUGUCCCCCUACACUUUGGGGAAAAAACAACAAAAAACCAACCCUAACUCAUCUGCAGGGUUUCCUGGAAGGCGUGUGCACGCUGAACCCUUUCCCUGCCUGCUUUUCUUGUUCCCCAUCAUGCUUUCCGCUGAGCCUUUUCUCUCUCCUACACCUCUUGUAGGAAAAGAUAUAAAUUUCCACUAUCCCUAGCCUUUGGAAGCUGUAGUCUUAAUAUUUGGGCACUCAAGUUGGGGAACCCCCAUCUUGAGAGCCUUUGAGAUAAUGGAAUGGCUUGCAGAGGCUGUGUUGAGCACCCUUUCCUUUUUCUGAUCCCCUUUCUGAAUGUGGCUUUUUCCUGCUGAAAAGGCAUGUCGGGGUCACAUUUCCGUGUGUCUGUUUUCAACUUCGAGAAGUGUAUUUUAUUUGUGGGCUGGAAGGCACGGAAUAUUAGGGACGCCUGUAGAUUGACGCUUUGUCAGUGGAUGUUUAUGCCGGCAGGGCAGGUUGUGUGGGGUGUCUUACCGCCUCCCCAAAGACAACUCCAUGCACUUGUAACAUAACACUGUUGUCGUUCUUGAAAAGUUGAGAAGACUUUAUCAGAAAUGGCGUGCACGUGAAAUGCAUUCUUGCCCACUUAAAGCCACCCUUCUUUCAAAAUGGGCCUUGUUCUGGCUCCUUUCUGAGCAUUCAGUUGAGGCAGCCUUUUAUUUUUCUUUCCGUUUCUGGAACCGUUUCCAAACUUGCUUCUCUUGAAAAGGAGGACCCUACUAGAAUUGGGUGUGAGGUCCUUUUGGCUUGUGCGAACUCCCCCCCCCCCAAGUGUAGCUUCACGUCUAGGGGGAAGAGCCCCCUUUCUACCUCACUUAUACCUCCAGUGGGUGUUGCAAUACUUCUUCCUGUAUCUUUCGGAUCUCUUGGGGACGACUCGGAGGAUCGGAGCAUUUUGUUGAGGGUGACUUCCUUUAUUUUCUCUUCUCCUCGCUUCCCGACCAAACAUGGGAUAGGGAGGGUGGGUGCAGUGACCGCCAUAGGUCAGAGGUUCUCAGCCUUCGGUCCCCAGAUCUCAGUAGAAUUCAACUUCCAUCAUCCUUUGGUCAUUUUGCUGGGGACGGUGGGAGCUUUAGUCAGACAUCUGGGGACCAGGGCUGAGAACCCCUGCCAUAGCUCACACUGGGUGGCAGAAGGAAGCCCUAGGUUAGAGCAAGGCAUGCUGGGAAAAGUCACUGCAUGGCAGUUCAUAGGUUUUGCUUUUACCGGUGAAUGAGAGGUGUGUGGGUUUCUUCAUCACGAGCUCCUGCUGCAAUAGCUUCAGGAGCUGGCUUUGAUUGAGAAAUUGGAUAUUUUCCUUGUGGGGGGGUUAGCAAAGACCUAGUUUGGAAUUUUUUUAUUUUUUUUAAACUCACAGUCCAACUGGAACGGGGCGGUGCUUUCCCUCCCUCUUUUAAGCCUUAACUAUUGAUCAGAACCAAGAGCCCCAGAUGUUUCUCCCAGGGCUUCUGACAUUCCUGUUCCAAUGUUGUGUUCAUUUCCUUCAAGAGCUUGAAUUCAGGUCAGAGUUGCAGUUUUGCAGCUCCAACUCGUGUCAUAUUGGGGGCGGGGGCAGGGACGGGGCGGGAAUAAGUAAAAACACAGAAAUUAUAAUAUGAUCUCAGCAUUCAGAAAUUUGCAGUCUUAAUGUACAGUGAUGAGAAACUGUUAUUUUAUGAACUUUUCAUUAAAAGGUUGAU